CGCACGACUACGAAAACACCAAUCAUCUCUUGGCGGCCAGUAAUAAUUAAAUAUUAAUCGAAUAUGAUUGGUCGCAUUGAUAAAGCAGACCCGCCCACACUUUCUAAGAAUAUUUAUCUGAACAUACAUAUACCGAAUUUUCAUGAGUUCCAGUUAUCUAUUUCUUACAGUCUUAAUACUUACGCACAACUGGAGUAUACAAAUAUGUGGACUUUUAAUAUUAAUGGACAUCUUUUAUUGGACAACAAAGACAGUGGCGAAAUUAAGAUGAUCAGUAGCAGUAACAAGUUUGGGAUGAUCAAGGUCACCUUAAAAGAGGGAAGAAGUCUCUUUCUGACGCUGAAAAAUUUUGAUUCCACCGAACACGCGAAUUUUGAUAAAAUGUGUCGAACAUCAAGGACAGCGUUUCUACAAUGGGCAAAAAGAGAAAACAUGUGUGUUCAGGAUCUUGCUGCGGUUGCCAGUUCAACAGAAGCCACGGGAAGCAGCAAUGCGGCGAGUGUUUCCAUUGAAAGUAGCUCAUCUCAACAAAACAACACUGCAGAUGAUAACAAUGAUGCAGAUGAUCAAAUAAACACUAAUGAAUCAAAACAGAUUGCUUUUAAAGAUCUGGACACAAAGCUGUUGGGAAGAAACCUACUUGUUCCAAUCUGCAAUUUGAUUGAGCCUGCACCUUUAAGAAAAGUCAGGGAUUUAGACCAAUCCCACGUCAGGGAACUGGAAAAACAACUUAUUGAUACCCCGCAAGUGUUUUCCGUCCUGAUUGGUCACGUCACUGCUGAAGAUGCAUCACUGGAUGUAGUGCAAGUGGAGGGAUUCCCCCACAUUGAGGUUUUGGGAGGAAACCACACGCGGCAAGCCCUUCAAAAUUUGAUGAAAAGGGAAGGAAGUAUUCAGAAGGUGUGCAUUGAUAUUUAUAAGAACCUCACACCAACGGAAGCAAUGCUCCUUGGGCUGAACCACAAUGCCAAACAUGAAUACUCCAAACAGACUUCAUUCGUUGAAAUUGUAAAACUGUUUAGGAAACUGCGGGAAGAGUGUCAAUCUAAAGAAAAAUCAGCCAAAAAAUGCGCACUUAUGUGGAGAGGACAGGCCGCAGUGAUUAUGGGAGUGAAUGUAAGUAAUAUAUAUAAUUCCUACAGAACACAUCUCCACUGCGCAUCAGUAGAUGAUGAAUUGUGGAUUCUAUUAGACGCUUUCUUCCAAUCCUGGAAACUUAAUAAAAUAAGAAAAAAACCAAAGGGCGAAAUAAAACAAACGCAUCUCAUGGCAUGGACGCAGUGUGUAGAAAAAGAGAAAGGGGGUCUAUUGAGGCAGAUUACAAAUGGAGAGCUUGAUUUUGCCAAAUUCAAAGAAAUGUGCAUAAAGAGUAAAAAAUCGCUAGCUGUAGUAGAAUCAGACGUCCAAGAGAUCCAAGACAAUCAACAGACAGGAGAAGAUGAGAAUGUAAUCACAAGUAAAAAGCAAGCAGGGAAAGAUGGCGAAGAAACUGAAGUUAGUGAUAAUGAAAAUUCCACCAGAUCAGUUUCAUUGAGAGAGGAUGAAAGAGAUAUUGAUAUUGCCAAACCUAGUGAAACUAUGACUGAAAAAAAGCUUAAGGAAGAGCAGAGGCGAAACGAGGAUUUGUGUAAAGAAUUAAGAACUGAGCAAGAGAAAAAUGAAGAAUUGAAGACAGAAAUAAAUUUGCUUAAGUCUGAAUUGACAGAGACUAAGAAAUGGUCCCAAUCUUGGGAAGAAAAAUAUCAUACAAUUAAGCAUCAACAUGCAGAAAUUCAUCAAAAAUUGAUACAACAACAAGAUGCUCUGAAACAUGCUGAGGCUGCUGCCGCAAGAGCACGGAUGAAAAGCAGAAUCGAAGAAGAAACAAAGAAAAAUGAUCAUGAGGACACUCUACCAACAACUCAGAGCGAAGUCACUGAAAAAAGAAAUGACAACACUGCCCCAGUGCUUCAUGACAGCACUUCCAAGGGAAAGAAAAGGAAACAAAAAGAAACUGAGGAGGAAGAAAUGACUGAGGUGGAUUGUGGAUUGGUACUAUAUGGUGGAAAGAUCUACUUUGGAACUUUCGAAACAUCGGAAAAAUUUGUGUUUUGUAAGUUACCAAUUGCAACAAUCAAUGCGGAGAAUGCUGUCAUAAUCGAUGAACGAGCUAAGACACGCGAAAUCAACAUGAGGGACUGUCAGACAGUAAACAAAGAGGAUAUUGUUAUGCAACAGAAAGGACAAAUCGAUUCCAAAGGCAAUGUUCUAAUUGAUGUAACAGUAACUGCAGUGAAGGAGGCCGUGAAAAAAUUCAUCAGAAAAUGAUUAUAAAACACUGGAUCUCCUUGUUAAAAAUGUAUCAUUUCAUAUAAUUAAUUGCAUUCUUAUUGUGGCUACUUUGUAGAUAUGCUUGCUCUUUUCAGUAACAAAACUAUGAAAUGUUUAAAUUAAGGAAUUCAUUUAAUAGCUACCCAUUCUAUACGGUAUAAACUGGGUUGGGGCAGUUAACGCUUUAUAAACUGUGAAGCGAUUUAUAAAAAAGCGUAAACUGUUCCAACCCAGUUUACACUGUAUAAAAUGGGUAGCUAUUAAAUUCAUUGCUUUUAUUUUAAUUUUCAUUCUUUUGAUGUAAGAAAAAAAGAUCAUUGUUCUAAAAAAAUGACUUUAGAUUGUACAAAAUUUGAACCUAACGUCAGGCGGAUUAAUACGUUUUUUUUACAAAAGUCAUCGAUGGUUGUAUAAGCUUGAGAUUUGGAAAUUGUAAUUGUAGUAGUGAACACUGUAUCAGUGAUAGAAUUGGGGGGAAAUGUCUCCCUAAAAUCUAACUAUGUAAACAAUGGUUGGUUUGUUAUUGAAAUAAUGAAUGUACAAUGCACUAAUGUGAAUUUAGAGAGGAAAUUUACCCUGCAGAUUUUGUGCUUUUUUAAAAAUUGAAUAGUAGUUGCAAACACUGUAUCAUUGAUAUUCUUUGGGAGGAAAUUUACUCCCUAAAAUCUAGUUAUGGAACGAUGGUUGUUAAAGCUUUAGAUUUAUUUCUAAAUGGUCACUUCAUAAUGUGUGUUGAGGGGAAAUUUACUCUGUAAAUGUUUGCUAUUUUCAAACAGAAAUUGUAGUAGUGAACACUUUAUCACUGAUAUUCUUGUGGGAUGAAAUUUACACCAUAAAAAUUUAGCAUGAAAACGAUGUUUUCUUUGGCUUUGAAAUACUGAAUUUACAAUUCACAAAUGUGAAUUAAGAGAGGAAAUUUAUUCUGUAGAUUUUUUUCUAUUUUGAAAAUGUAAUUGUAGUAGUUAACUCUGUAUCAGUUAAAGUCGUUGGGAGGAAAUUAACUCCGUAAUAUCUAGCUAUGUAAACGAUGGUUGUUUAAGCUUUAGAAUUCUAAAUGGACACUGCUUAAUGCGUUUGUUGAGGGGAAAUUUACUCCGUCGAUUGUUUUAUUUUAAAAUUGUUAUUGUAGUUGUGAACACUAUAUCAGUUAUAGUCUUUGGGAGGAAAUUUACUCCGUAAAAUCUAGCUAUGUAUACGAUGGUUGUGUUGGCUUUGAUAUACUCAAUGUACAAUGCACCAAUGUCAAUUUAGAGAGAAAAUAACCAUGUACAUUUCUGCUGUUUUCUUUGGGAGGAAAUUUACUCCGUAAAAUCUAGCAAUAUAAACAAUGGCUGCUUUGGCAUUGAAAUACUGAAUGUACGAUGCAUCAAUGUGAAUUUAGAGAGAAAUUAACCCUGUACAUUUUUUGCUGUUUUCUUUGGGAGGAAAUUUACUCCGUAAAAUCUAGCAAUUUAAACAAUGGCUGCUUUGGCAUUGAAAUACUUAAUGAACAAUACACCAUGUGAAUUUAGAGAGGAAAUUUACUCUGUAGAUUUUUGUUAUUACAAAACCGUAAUGUUAGAAGUGAACACUGCAUCAGUGAUAUUCUUUGGGAGGAAAUUUACUCCGUAAAAAUUUAGCUAUUUAAACGAUCGUUGAUUUGGCUUUGAAAUACUGAAUGCACAGUGUACCAAUGUGAAUAUAGAGAGGAAAUUUACUCUGUAUAUAUUUUGUAUUUUGAAAUUGUAAUUGUAGUUGUGAACUGUAUCAGUGAUAUUCUUUGGGAGGAAAUUUACUCCAUGAAAUCUAGCAAUAUAAACAAUGGUUGUUUUGGCAUUGAAAUACUGAUUGUACAAUGAACCAUGUGAAUUUAGAGAGGAAAUUUACUCUGUAGAUUUUUGUUAUACCAAACCGCAAUGUUAGUAGUGAACACUGUAUCAGUGAUAUUCUUUGGGAGGAAAUUUACUCCGUAAAAUUCAGCUAUUGAAAUGAUUGUUGCUUUGGCUUGAAAUAUUUAAUGUACGAUGCAUCAAUGUGAAUUUAGAGAGAAAUUAACCCUGUACAUUUUUUGCUGUUUUCUUUGGGAGGAAAUUUACUCCGUGAAAUCUAGCAAUAUAAACAAUGGUUGCUUUGGCAUUGAAGUACUUAAUGAACAAUGCACCAUGUGAAUUUAGAGAGGAAAUUUACUCUGUAGAUUUUUGUUAUUACCAAACCGUAAUGUUAGUAGUGAACACUGUAUCAGUGAUAUUCUUUGGGAGGAAAUUUACUCCGUAAAAAUUUAGCUAUUUCAACGAUGGUUGCUUUGGCUUGAAAUACUUAAUGUACAAUGCACCAAUGUGAAUUUAGAGAGAAAUUAACCCUGUACAUUUUUGCUGUUUUCUUUGAGAGGAAAUUUACUCCGUAAAAAUUUAGCUAUUUAAACGAUGGUUGAUUUGGCUUUGAAAUACUGAACGACAGUGCACCAAUGUGAAUUUAGAGAGGAAAUUUACUCUGUAGAUAUUUUGUAUUUUGAAAUUGUAAUUGAAGUUGUGAUAUUCUUUGGGAGGAAAUUUACUCCCUAAAAUUUUAACGAUGGUGCUUUGGCUUUGAAAUACUGAAUGCACAGUGCAGCAAUGGGAAUGUAGAGAGGAAAUUUACUCUGUAGAUUUUUGUUAUUAGCAAACUGUAAUGUUAGUGGUGAACACUAAUAUCCACACCAAUAAAUAUCUUGUAAACUGU